CCUUCAAGAAUUCUUUAGAUGACUGCAUGUUGGCACUGAAUUAGUUCAAUAAGUUAAUUACAUUCAGGGACUCACCAUAUGGAUCAGAAUGAGAUACCUUAAAACAAUUUUAUUUCAUUAACCACAACCACUCUUGGAUGAAUAAUGCUUAUUUUCUUUCUCUUCUCUUUCACAAUAGAUUGAUGAAUGUAUAAAUCUUACCUGCAGAAUUUGUGACCAUCUCUGCUUUUUAGCUAAAUGCAGCGGACCAAUGGAGCUGACUGCCAAAGACUUGAUUCCUUCGUUUUUUUGUAGAUUUCACAUGAGCAGGAAACAUGGGUCACCCUUGUGAUUCCACCUAAAAGGACUGGUGGGUCUCAUGUUUACAAAUCUGCUUUAAAGUGAAUUCACUGAUGACGGCAUCCAAUCCAAUAUAUUUUGCAAGGGAACAGCUCAGUAGAUAGGAAAGUUCUCCACUACUUCCCUGUAGUCCAAAAAGUUUUCUCAAAAACUGCAGUAUGUUGAGAGACCCUCCCAAAAAGAUUUUCAUCUAGAACUGGAAGACCGUAUGAGGAAGAAGAGAGCAGAUUUCUUACGGUGCAUUGUUGGAUUUUCCCCUUAUGUCAAUUGUUUUUAUUAUCAAGUUAAUUUUUAAUGUAAUUCUUUUGUUGCAGGAUAUUAAUGAAAGUGGUGUGGCCAAACCAUCUAAAAGGAAAGAAAUGUCUAGUCCAAUUUAUGUUGGUAGAGAAGAUGAUAUUAAAAAGCUCAAGAGAACAACAGCCACUGUCUAUGAGAGAGAAGUUGUUAUUUUCUACCAUAGUGGACACUUUUAUGCUCUGGAUUGCCGCUGUUACCAUGCAGGAGGUCCCUUACAUCUUGGUGAAAUAGAGGACAUCAAUGGACAACCAUGUAUUAUUUGUCCUUGGCAUAAGUAUAAAAUAACUCUGAAUACAGGUGAAGGAUUGUAUCAAGCAAUAAAUCCCAAAGAGCCAUCUGCCGUACCCAAGUGGAAAUCAAAAGGACCAAAACAAAGGACUCACAGAGUCACUGUGGACAAUGGAAAUGUUUAUGUGACUCUUUCAGAUUUAAUGGAGUAUAAAGAGUCUGACUACUAUGCUGAAAAAUACAAAACAGGAAAAAAUGCAGAAAAAUAAUCUUUUUAAAAUAACAUUUUGCUUCAUAGGAACUUGAGUUAAAAAACUGUUGAAUAUAUGUGGUCCUCGACUUACAACUACAACUGAGCUCAAAAUUUCUGUUGCUAAGUGAAACAUUUGUUAAAUGAGUUUUGCCCCAUUUUAGGAACUUUCUUGCCACAGUUGUUAAGUGAAUCACUGCACUU